CGCCUCACGUUUCCCUCCCCGCCUGCGCGCCCACCCCAGCUAUCAUGGCGGCUCCCUUGGCUCUGGUGCUGGUAGUGGCCGUGACCGUGCGGGCGGCCUUGUUCCGCUCCAGUCUGGCCGAAUUCAUUUCCGAACGGGUGGAGGUGGUGUCCCCACUGAGUUCUUGGAAGAGAGUGGUUGAAGGCCUUUCACUGUUGGACUUGGGAGUGUCUCCGUAUUCUGGAGCAGUAUUUCAUGAAACUCCAUUAAUAAUAUACCUCUUUCAUUUUCUGAUUGACUAUGCUGAAUUGGUAUUUAUGGUAACUGAUGCACUCACUGCCAUUGCCCUGUAUUUUGCAAUCCAAGACUUCAAUAAAGUUGUGUUUAAAAAGCAGAAACUCCUCCUAGAACUAGACCAGUAUGCCCCAGAUGUGGCCGAACUCAUCCGAACCCCUAUGGAAAUGCGUUACAUCCCUCUGAAAGUGGCCCUGUUCUAUCUCUUAAAUCCCUACACGGUCUUGUCUUGUGUUGCCAAGUCUACCUGUGCCAUCAAUAACACCCUCAUUGCCUUCUUCAUUUUGACCACGAUAAAAGGUAGUGCCUUCCUCAGUGCUAUUUUUCUUGCCUUAGCAACAUACCAGUCUCUGUACCCACUCACCUUAUUUGUUCCAGGACUCCUCUAUCUCCUCCAGCGGCAGUAUAUACCUGUGAAAGUGAAGAGCAAAGCUUUCUGGAUCUUCUCUUGGGAGUAUGCCAUGAUGUACGUGGGAAGCCUAGUGGUAAUCAUUUGCCUCUCCUUCUUCCUUCUCAGCUCCUGGGACUUCAUCCCUGCAGUAUAUGGCUUCAUACUUUCUGUUCCAGAUCUCACUCCAAACAUCGGUCUUUUUUGGUACUUCUUCGCAGAGAUGUUUGAGCACUUCAGCCUCUUCUUUGUAUGUGUGUUUCAGAUCAACGUCUUCUUCUACACCAUUCCCUUAGCCAUAAAGCUAAAGGAGCACCCUGUCUUCUUCAUGUUCAUUCAGAUUGCCAUCAUCUCCAUCUUCAAGUCCUACCCAACAGUGGGGGACGUGGCCCUCUACAUGGCCUUCUUCCCUGUGUGGAACCAUCUCUACAGAUAUCCUGCUCAUCUCCGAUUACUUCUAUGCCUUCCUGCGGCGGGAGUACUACCUCACACAUGGUCUCUACUUGACUGCCAAGGACGGCACGGAGGCCAUGCUUGUGCUCAAGUAGGCCUGGCUGGGCACAGGGCUGCAUGGACCUCAGGGGGUGGAAGGGCCAGAAGCUGGGCCAAGCCCCCUAGCCAGAGUUGCCAGCAGAGGAGGCCUCCGGCAGAUGAGGUUCGAGUCCAGGGUUACAAAUCUCUGGCACCAGAGAGGAGCCAUGGCUGGCAGCAAGGCCAAUGGGGAAUAGCCAGGAGCUCCUCCACUUGGACCCCCACUUUGUGGUUCUGCACACCGGGGAGCCCCCUCCGAGGCUUGAAAGGGGAAGAAGCAGGUGAGCAGGGUUUGUUAGGUUGUGACUACUUAAUAAAUGGUUUUUUGUUACAAAGAAAUCGAUCCUGGGCCCACACUGCACUCCUGGAAGGGGUGGGCUUGGCCGCUACCACCACCGUGGUAUACUACACACUGGUGUGGGUUUCUAGAAUGAGCCCCAAGUCCACAACACGCAAGUUUGUGCCCUGGCCAGCUGAGACUGGUGUAGGGCAGCCUACUCCCACCCCACCCCCCAGCAGCUCCCACCCCCCCCAUUCCCCAAGCAGCUGGAGGCAAAGGGCCAGGCGGGCCUGAGCAAUCUUUAUUCUGCAGAGGGACAAUGACCACAGAUCCGUACACCUUGUCAAGACCAGGUGAGCCAGGGGCCAGUCUUUCAGGGGUGGGCAGGUCCAGGCAGGGGGGCAGCGCCUCAGGUGAGGGAGGGGCAGAUGGGCAGGGGCCUAAAAAAAGAAAAAGACAAACCACACGGAGCAGGGGUGCUGGGAGCUCUUCCUUAUCCUCCCGCAUCCCAGCCAGCACCCAGAGGGGUAACCCUAACAAUGACUGGCCCAGGACCCACCCAGGGGCAGAGUAGGUGUGGUUGGUGUGCCCUGGCUAGGAGGCGGCAUCCCUGCCCAGCCCACCCAGGGCAGAGACCGUUAAGUUCAGGAGCCAGGAGCUCCCUGGGUAGAGCCUGACAGGGCACCCCCCCCCCCCAUUCCCAGGCCAACCCCUCCCCCCCCUACUGCUGCUUCAGAAGCCGAAGGUUUCUUGGGAGGCGUAGACCAUGUAGAGGAAGCCAUCGUCAUCCUUCUCCUGCUCGUAGAUGUCGGCGAUGGGCGUAGACACGCUCACCAUGCUGUGCUGGUUCACCAGCAGGAAGAAGGCCUGCGUGGGGUUCAGCUGCAGGCGGCGCCUGGGGUGGCAGAAGGGCAUGUCAACUGUGAGGGGCCAGGCUCCUGGGUGGGUGGUGCCCUGACCACACCCCCCGCCCCAUCCCCAAUGAUUCUGAGACCACCCCCAUCCCAGCCCUUUCUGGAGGCACUCACCUCUGACCUGACACAGACCCCAGCCCUGACCUUUCCCAACCUACCUAGGACUGGGAUCCAAAGCCCGGGCCCAAGUCCCACCCUCCCCCAGAAGGCCCCAAGCCCCUUCUGACUGCUGCUGCCCACGCACCGGAUGAUCUUGACCAACUCGCUCAUGUUGACAUGGUCUGGCACCAGGAACUUGGUCUUGUCCAGGACUGGCAGCUGCUUCUCACCCUUGUAGCGCUCGAUGAUCACCUAGGGGUGGGGCAGGGGAUGCGUGAGAUGGGCGGGGCCUGGAGCCACAGGGAUGGGAGGGGGCGGUGAGACUCACCGGGAUCUUGCUGGGGUGCUGGUCGCGGAUCUGCUGCACCUCCUUACAGCGGUCGGCUGCGGACAGGAGACAGGCAGUAAGGCCAAGAGGUCCCGCUUGCCCCGCCCGUCGCCGGCCCCGCCCCCCGGGCUCCCGCCCCCGGGGCCGUCAGGCCCCAGGGCCUGGCACCGGCUGGACUGGGAGGCGAGGCCCGGCCCAGGCCAGAACCUGCCUCCCGGCCCCGGGGGGGUCCAACCUGAGUCUGACGUCACGGGGCUGACGUCGCCUGCGGCAGUCAGGGUCAGUCGUGGUUCCCACCUCCCCCCCCACCCCGUGUCCCCGCUCCGCACCCGCAGACUGCCCGCCGGGCCUCACCGAAGGUCCGCCGCUGCUUGAAAGGCCGGUCUGAGGGCAUCGCGCGGGCCCGGCGGGGCGCGCAGGCCGGGGCUCCGGGACGCGUGGCUUGGGGGCUCUGGCUGAGAUUCGGGGGCUCCGCGCCUCGCGCUCAAGGGCUCGGGUUCUCGAGCUGAGCCUGGCGGCGGUGGCUCGGGGAGGUAACUCGCCCGGGUGACGUCAGGUCACAACAUUCCUUAAAGGGGAGGCCGGCGCACUGCUCCCAUUGGGCCGACGCAAAA